AUGAUGUCCACAGUACAGCCUCUCGACUAUAUAUAUAUAUAUAUAUAUUUCUUUUGCCCUCUCUCUUUCUCUCUUUUUCUCUCUUUCUCUUUCUAUCUCUCACUCUUUCUCUUUGCCUCUCUUUGUCUCUCCCUCUUUCUCUUUGUCUCUCUUUCUCUUUCUCUUUGUCUCACUUUCUCUCUCUCUCUCUCUCUCUCUCUUUCUUUUUGUCUCUUUUUGUCUCCCUUUCUCUCUUUCUCUUUGUCUCUCACUUUCUCUUUCUCUCUUUCUAUCUCUUUCUCUCUCUUUCUCUUUAUCUCUUUCUCUUUGUCUAUUUCUCUCUCUCUCUCUCUUUCUCUUUGCCUCUCUUUUAUUCUCUUUUUCUCUCUUUCUCUUUCUAUCACUCUUUCUCUUCCUUUCUCCCUUUCUCUCUCUCUCGUUUGUGCUGAAGAACAUGACACAUCCAAGUUAAGUGAAAUUCUGGACUAUUUUCAGCUUUGUCGGGCCAAUGGAGAAGUCAUAUUGCUUUCUUCUUCUUCUUCUUCUUCUUCUUCUUCUUCUUCUUCUUCUAAUUAUUAUUAUUAUUAA